AUGGCCAGCUGCAUUUGUCGUUUCAUGAUUUCUGUUUUAUUCACUGUUCUCAAUUUAACCGUGGUUCAUCCAUAUCCAAGUCAUAUUGUAUUGAGUAAGUUCAAGAAACAUCAGGAAAAAUAAAUAUGAAUCAAUAUUUAAGGAUCAUUCGGAUACGACGAUGAGAUUUCAACAAUAUCACUCAAAUCAAUGGAAUAUACCGCUGAUUUGAUAAACAGUCGAGAUGAUAUUCCAUUUAAAAUUGAAUUCGAGCAUAAUAAAAUCGAAGAAGGUGCAGCGGUUUCAUGGAAUAUGGUCAGCUCAGUUUGUAAUACAUUGAAAGAAGGAGCAAUGACAUUAAUCAAUAGUGUUAAUGGAAAAGGUCGAGAAGGUAUUCGAGGUGUUUCAGAUGCAUUAGAAAUGCCUUUAAUAUCAUUAUCCUCUCCAACUAAUGAAUUGCCACAAUUCUCUAAUAUGUUAGUUUGUUCUUGUAGAAUUUUUUAAAAUAUUUUUAUUUGAAUUUCGUUCCAGAUUUGAAUUAUCAAUUCGUCCAUCGGUUACUGAAUUACUCGGUGAUUUUAUAAUUCAUAAAGGAUGGGAUGAGAUUCUGGUUAUGGUUGACACUCAAUUUUGUGAGUUUCAAUUUUCAAAUAUUUUCAAAACUCGAGACAACACUUUUAGCUGGACUUCAACUUCAGCCAAUUUGGAAGCAUCUUCGAUCCCGUACAAAUUCCUCAGUUCAAGCAUCGAUUUAUGAUUUACCAGCAGAUGAAGAUGAUUUUGAGCUAUUUUUAAGGCAGUUCAAUAUGAUGCGGAAUAAUGUGACGAAUCGUAUUAUAAUUGACAGCUCGUCGCCAAGUAGAAUUAAAAAGUUUUUGAUUGCAAUAAGAUCGGCUCAAUUUAAUCAAGCUAAUUAUCACUACGUUUUGGCUAAUUAUGUGAGUUUAAUUGCUUAUUAAAUAUUAAUUAUUUAAUUAAUUAAUGAUGAAUUCUUCAGGAUUUUCUGCCAUAUGAUCAAGAAAUGUUCCAAAAUGGUAAUAUAAAUAUAAGUGGAUUCAAUAUUAUAAAUAAAGAAAGUCGAGAAUAUUGGUCAUUGAAGAAACAUUUGAAAGAUACGAAACAACAAAAUGAAGAUAUUACAAUGGAAGCUGCAAUUGGACACGAUGCAAUACUUGUAAUAUGGCAUGGAUUUAUGAAAUGUUUACAAACAAAUGAUUCGUUGUUUCACGGAACAUUUAGACAUCGACGAUUUUUUAAUCGAGGAUUUCCUGGAAUUUAUUGUGAUCCACUUUCUGAUCGAACACAUUCGAAUCGACCAUUUUCGUCUUUUGAACAUGGAAAAGUUAUAAGCAGUGCUUUGAAGAAUGUGAGUCUCAAAAGUUUGAACGUUUCUGAAGUGAACAUUUCUGACAGAUUCAAAUUGGCGCACUUGAAGGAACACUAACUGGAAACAUCGAAUUCGAUCGACUAGGGAAUCGAAAAAAUUUCGAUGUUUCUGUGAUUGAUCUUGUCUCAAAUACCAAAGCAACGUUUAAUCGGAGAGAAGUUUUGGCUUGGCGGCAAGGUGUUGGAUUUUUCACAAAUCGAACCAUUGCACAGCAUUCAAGGAAAAUUCACAGCAGUCGAACGAAUGAGGAUGUUAUUGUUCUAACAAAUUUGGUGAGUUCUGGGGAAAUUUCUACAAAUUGAAAUAUAUUAAUUAAUUUCCAGGUUGCUCCAUUUGUGAUGCUGAAAGCUGAAUGUCCAGCUGGAACAAACAAAACCGAAUGUGAUGGAAAUAAUAAAUAUGAGGGAUAUUGUAUUGAUCUUCUUCGAUUAUUAUCCGAAAAAAUAGACGGGUUCAAUUAUUUGAUACGAAUUGGCACAAAAGCUGGUUCAAAACAACCAGAUGGAAGUUGGAAUGGGAUGAUUGGAGAUUUAUUAAAUGGAAAAGCACAUGCGGUUGUUGCAAGUUUAACAAUAAAUCAAGAAAGAGAACGAGUUGUUGAUUUUUCAAAACCAUUUAUGACAACUGGAAUAUCAAUUAUGAUUAAAAAACCAGACAAACAAGAAUUCUCUGUAUUUUCAUUUAUGCAACCGUUGAGCACUGAAAUUUGGAUGUAUAUUAUUUUUGCGUAUAUCGGUGUUUCUGUUGUUAUUUUCCUUGUCUCACGAUUUUCACCAUAUGAAUGGAGAGUUGAAGAAACAUCGAGAGGUGGAUUUACGAUUUCGAAUGAUUUUAGUGUUUAUAAUUGUUUAUGGUUCACAUUAGCUGCGUUUAUGCAACAAGGAACUGAUAUUCUUCCAAGGUACAUUUUUUUGGUAUUCAUAUUUCCCAACUUAAAUUGUUCUAUAGAUCAAUAUCUGGAAGAAUAGCAUCAUCCGCAUGGUGGUUCUUCACAAUGAUCAUUGUUUCGUCAUACACAGCUAAUCUUGCCGCUUUUUUGACUCUUGAAAAAAUGCAGGCACCAAUUGAAAGUGUCGAAGAUCUUGCAAAACAGACGAAAAUCAAAUAUGGAAUUCAAGGAGGAGGUUCGACUGCUUCGUUUUUCAAAUUUUCUUCGGUUCAAAUUUAUCAAAGAAUGUGGAGAUAUAUGGAAUCACAAGUUCCGACUGUUUUUACGAAUACUUAUGCAGAAGGUGAGGAAAAAACGAAAAAUCAGAUUUGGCUGACGAAAUCGGAAAUUUGGAGUCACUCCAAAAAAUCAGAUUAUGAUUUAGAUCUAAAAAUGAACACUAAAAUAACCAUUUGAAAACUUAACAUGAGCCUUAAAAUGAACCCAAAAACUUUUGGCGCGAAAAAUUGAUCUACAGUAAUCCGAAUUUAGAUGUUUGGUGCAAAACAUGGGCUUAUUUGGUGUCACUCCAAAAAUCUGAUUCUCAUUUUCACAAUUUCUUCCAGGAAUUGAAAGAGUGAGAAAUCAAAAAGGCCGCUAUGCUUUCCUUUUGGAAGCCACAGCAAAUGAAUACGAAAAUACUCGAAUCCCAUGUGAUACAAUGAAAGUUGGAGCAAAUCUAAACAGCAUAGGAUAUGGAAUCGCAACACCAUUCGGCUCCGAUUGGAAAGAUCAUAUAAAUCUCGCAAUUUUAGCAUUACAAGAACGAGGAGAACUCAAAAAACUGGAGAAUAAAUGGUGGUAUGAUAGAGGACAAUGUGAUCAAGGUAUUACUGUUGAUGGAUCAUCGGCAAGUUUGAAUUUAUCAAAAGUCGCCGGGAUAUUUUAUAUUUUAAUGGGUGGAAUGGUUGCAUCGAUGUUUGCCGCGUUGGGCGAAUUUUUAUAUCGAAGUCGAAUUGAAGCAAGGAAAUCGAAUUCGAGUUCACUCGUGGCGAAUUUUGCGGUUAGUGAAUGGGGAAUAUUCGAGUGGAGCAAGUGUGAACCGCAAGCUCCCGCGAAGCGGCAAAGUUAGACUAACUUUUUAGAUCUUCCAAAGUCCGCGAUCUAUUGAAUUUUAUUUCAGAAAAAUUUGAAAAGUGCAUUGUCUUCGCAACUACGAUUAUCGAUUGAAGGAGGAGCUGUAGCUCAACCUGGUUCACAAUCACACAAUGCAAUCAAAAGACAACAGGUAACUCUAACUUCUUGCAAAAAAAUCAAAAUUAUCUGACAUCUUCCAGGUUGCCGCAUUUCUCCCCGCCAACGAAAAAGAAGCCUUCAAUAAUAAUUCUGAACGUGUUCAACCACCUCCAGCAAGUACACUUUACAAUACAGCUGUAUGA